AUGCGUUUGCACCCGUAUGCGGCACUACUGGAUCGACCUCCAACAUAUUAUCUUGACUGGGCUCUAAAAGAAUGGCAAUGGUUUGAAAGAAGUGGACUGAUCAAUGGUAAUUAUUUGAUUAAUGAUGGAUUGAGUUCAUUCAGUCAAGCGACCAGCACAUCGUAUAGAGAAAAUCUGAACCGUUUGAGAGAUGGCACAUGUCUCAAUAACAAUGGAACCACUUGGACUUACAAUCAAGGUGUUAUCCUAUCAGGUUUAGCACUAUUAUACAAUGCAACACGCAAUACUACUCUGCUCGAUAUUGCACAAAAGAUAGCAGAUGCUACCAUACAACGGCUGAUCUACUCUGACGGAAUAUUAAAAGAACCAUGUGAACCAAACUGUAACGAUGAUCAAAAACUAUUCAAAGGCAUCUUUGUUCGUCAUUUGGCUUAUCUAGUACCAUACCUUACAGAUGCAGCUCAUGUACAACAGUAUCUUUCAUUCUUACAACAGAAUGCCGAAUCUGUUUGGACGUCAAGGCGUUGCGAAGCUGAUGGAUUGUAUAGUUUGAUUUGGAGCAAUCAAUCUUCCAACAGUUGUGAACCAUUACGCAAUACAUCAUCGACAUCAGCUGCAUGGGAUUUAUUCAUAUCGGUUGCGAAAACUAAACCACCAUCAAUCAGAUCAUCAUCGAACUGGACGUUGCUAGGUCUAGGCAAUUGCAUGGACGAUAAGAAUGCUAGUAUGCCAAACUUUUCCAAAAUGAAUGUCACUGAACCUGUGUGUCGUGCAACAGCAGACCAAGACCAGGGUGCCGUUGCAUACGAUCAUCAGCUGGGCUGUAAUGGUUUUCAAUUUUGUCGCAUACGAACACUGUCUGAUCCUCAUCUAGCACCUCAAGGAUGGUCUUAUGAGAAUGGCACAGCCAGAAAUGUGACACGAACAAAUAAAUUUCCAGUUACGGGCUGUUUUUUAAGAUUAGUCUAG